AGUAAUUUUUAAAUAUUCCAUUCAUCUCUUACUUUAAAGGAAGUUCUAAAAUUAUUACAGUGCGAUAAGUGUAAUUAGAAAAAAACUUUCCAUUUUUCAGUCAUCUUUUAUGUCGCAGAAUUUUAAGUUUGAAAUGAUCAAUAAACAAUGUAUAUACAAGGUUGUAAAGACUAUCUCCAGAUCUUAUCCCACGAUCAGCUUGUUAAUUUAUUAUCGAACGUGUAAUCAUUGCAGAAAUGCAGGUAAAUGCGUGUAAUUGCUUGCUAAUUGGACAAAGUAUCAGCAGUCAAAGAAGUUCGACAUACGCCGAUAAUAUUUCGCCACUGGGCAUGUACAAUAUGUAUUACGAGAAACAAUGUAUAGGCAAUAUUGAUUCUCUUGUUAUUUCUAGGUGACUGCGGAGUUUUAAAACGCUGUAGAAAGGUACAAAUCUUCUAUUAAAGAGAAUGCUUUCGUCUUCGAAAACCUUGAUGAGAAUUACAGCUUAAAGAAAAUAAGCUAGAGUUUUAAUCGCUUCGUGCGAAAAUAUGCGUCAAAAGAAACAUGCGGACAGCGUAGCUUUAAACCAGCCUGUGUAGCUCCUGACCAGUCUGAACAUCCACGAUUGCGCCGGCUGGUACGGGGCUAGACUGGCCCCAUAUGGCAUAAGGUCGAUUUUUGAAUGACGCAGCUCAGAUUUGUUUCCGCCUACUUUCCUUGUACCCUUGGUCGAACACCUUAUAUAUUUUUUUUUAAAUAUUUAUAUAAAUUAUAUUUAGUUCAUUCCCCUGCAUAACAUUUCAAGCAAAAACAUACGUUAAUAAGAGUUGUGAUGGGUAAAUAUAGAUAUUAAAAUAUUGUGUGAAUAUAUGUGCAUAUUUAUUAUCAAGUAUACAUAUAACUGUAGAAGAUAUCAAUUAAAAAUGAUCAUGCAUACACUUGGUGCGGAAAAAGGUAAGCAUGUCAACGCACACAUGUGCAUCUUGACAAAUAAAGCUCUCAACGCUGAUAUUACAACUCAUUCCAUUCUAGAGGAAUCCUUUAAUGUAAAAGGAACAUAGACCAAUAUACAGACAAAAAGGAAGAAACAAAAUUAAAUAUUUUAGGUCUAUGAUCUAAGUUACUUUCACUUUAUUGUACUUAACGAAUUUAAGACAUUAAAAAUUAUUAAUUUAUCUUAUAUUUUAUGUAUGAGCCGCUUCGUGCGAAAACGGACUUGAGGACACGUCUGAACAGUGCCGCUCCCCGUAUCCCCCCCCCCCCCCCCCACACACACACAAACACACUGAACAAACCCCCAAACAAAUCCAUUUUUUGGCUAUCAUUAAAAGUACCACUGAAUUUGGGAAGACGUUCGAACAAAGACCGGGUCACAUGUAAUGUAUAUUUUAAGCAAAGGGUUGGAACCGGGGUGGUUUUUCAUAAAAUUCGAAGCAAACACUCACAGUGACACUAUAUUCAUGUAUGUAUACUGUAAUACAGUUAUUUGACGCACAAUAGCCGGUACUCGGUAUAAUUCAGACCACAUAUGUAAUACGAUUCCAAUCAAUUGGCAAAUAUUUGAAUUGAUCAAAUAAUAUUUUAUUCAAAUAAAUGAAUUUCAUAUUUACUUAACGUUAAAAGCGUAGUGUGCUAAAAUGAAGUAAAUUGAGAAAGUUCGAAUUUAUCUGUAUCGCAUAUGUGUGAAUUAGAUUACCAAAAAUAAUGAAGCGACUUUAUAUUUUCUUGGCGUUUGGCAAUUAACAAAGCCAUUAUAGUGUAUGAAAUAUUUUUGUAAGUAAAAUGUAUGUUUUAGAAUAUAAUAUGUCUUACGAACGAAUAUUAAAAAGACGCCCGACUAAAUUUGGUUUUGGAAAUUACUUUUUCGUUUGUACUUAUUGAAGGACAAACUAAAAAAGGGAAACUUAAUCUCAGAAAGGAAUCUAGUUAACAAUCAUUAUGGUUAAAGAUUUAUUUUAAUUAACGGUAAAUAUCGAUUGUAAAUAUAAAUUUCCAUAUUAAUUAUUCUAACGAUGAAUAUUGUCCCUUAAUAUUCAAUUACGUUAGGAACGGAAGCGUCUAUGCGGUAUCAUUUGAAGUCUAAAUAAUUAACUUGUAAAAGACAACGCUUCUAGUAAUUAGCAGAACAUAUUACAAUGUUUUACAACGUGUAAUAGACGUUAAUUUCAUUUUAUUACAAUGUCUCGAUAUGCGGUUCGGUCACCGAUAAAGAGCGCCGCCCCUCGAGGCAAUCCGCCUCAUGAUUCGCCAAUUAGUGAUUGUAAUGCGCGCUCCGAUUGGUCGAUCGUUAAUUGUCCAGAAUAACGUCUCUAUCUGACAUGCGCAUCGAGCUCCGCCCUCGAUUUUGCAUAAAAAUGAUGAACUUUCGUGAUUUGGACAUAUUCAUUUACAUGUUGUUAGAGAAGACAUCAUUCAAACAAUAAAACAAGAAGCUUCUGUCUGUAUAGACUCUGGUAUCCAAACUUCAAUAUUGUGGUGUUUUACCGACGUGGUAGUUCGUAGAUAAUAUAUAUCGCUCUCUUGGAUUAACUUUACAUUAUGCUGACAAUGAGUUGCGAAAUUCAAAAUGUUAGUGUUCGCUCGGAUGAACGCUCAGACUGCGGGAGCGACGCCGAAAACACUUCCCACGUGGUAGACUAUCGACUGGGCGCUAAUAUGUCGCUGCCGAUAUCCACCCCCGUCCGCCCGGGCGGCCGCCGGACGUUCGAUGCCCGGGACUCAGACGAAUCGUCCUGCGAUGAGGACGGAGAGUGUAGCCCGAGACCCCCGGGAAAGAGGUUUAAGCCGGACAUGUUUGAGGACGACGGUGGAAAGGGGUCUAUGAUGUUUAAAGACGGCCUUCUGGACGAGAACGGUAUCCGGCGGUACAGAACAGCGUUCUCGCGGGAGCAGAUCGCGCGCCUCGAGAAGGAAUUCUUCAAGGAGAAUUAUGUGUCCCGGCCUCGCCGCUGCGAGCUCGCACAGGAACUGAACCUACCGGAAAACACUAUCAAGGUUUGGUUUCAAAACCGACGUAUGAAAGACAAGCGACAGCGUAUGGCGAUGGCCUGGCCCCUGGGCAUCGCUGACCCCCAUUUGUAUGCCUACCUCGCAGCCGCCGCCGCCUCCUACCCAUACGGAAUACCUCAGCCAUCACCCAUCAACUAUUACAAUACCAUCGGACUCCAGCGUCCGAACCUCCCUCAAACGAUGCCUACGUCACCAGUGACGUCACAAGGUCUAGGCGCUCUCGGACUUGGACAAUAUCCGUUUCCCAAUCCGCUGCGUCCGCGCCAGGAUCCGCUCCCCGGAAUGUCGUCUGCGUUCUUCGGGGGACGAUGCCCCACAAUGCCUCCUCAGCAUCCGUUCCACAGCACGCCACUUAACGGAAGUCACUUCCCCCACGAAGCCUCCCCACAGAUGCUGAACACCAGCGGUGCUCUGAACUCAAGUGGUGGCUCGCUGUCACCAUCAUUAGAAGACGCCGGUUUCCUGUCAUCCACCGGAAACCCGAUGCUCAGUGUGUCACUUAGCUCCAACCAGAAAUCGCCGACAUCAGUUUCCCCUGUGUCUUCGGACGUGAGUUCAAGAAAGUCCCCCAGCGACACAAGAGUGAAAAGCACCAAUCGUCAGUCGAUAAAUACCCCGCCCACAUUAUUCCGGCCAUUUGAGGUUGAUCGCUCUUAAGGCAAUUGUAACCCACUAUAUUUAUAGAUCUUAUGAAUUCCGUUGUAAUUAUUAAUCGGCGUCAAUAACAUACACAUGAUACGCAUAUUAUGCACACUAUGUUGAAGAUGACUGUGUUAUGUCGCUUGUAAAUGUUAAUUAACCCUUUGCAUGCUGGGAAAUUUGUCGUCUGCUAAAAUGUAGUCUGUUGAAUUUCUAAAAUUAGCACUUUCUGCCAUUUUAUAAAAGAAUACUAUCAGAAUAGCAAACAGUUUGGAUCCUGAUGAGACGCCACGUUUUGUGGCGUCUCAUCUGGAUCCAAACUGUUUGCAAAGGCCUUCAAAAUUCGGUUCCAGCACUGAAAGAGUUAAGACACGUUCAUCCAAUUAAUAUGUUUGCGCGUCUAUUGACCUUAUGGCUACUGUGUGAUUGAAUUUUCACACAAAGAGAACUUUUGCUUCAUUGUGCAAUACCAGAAAACCAGUACCUUCAACAUGCAUCAUUAUAAAUGUUUGUCCAUAUUUUUCAUGAAACAUUUACAUGAAAGAAUAGAAAUCUCAAAUUUGUAUCACUGUAUCAUUGAAUCACAGUUAUGAAAAUGUGAAUUGAGA